AGCGCAAAAAAAAAAUUAAUUAACAUGCUUAGAAACAACGAAGAACUUUUAAAGUCAAAGUUUUCAUCAACUUUUACCCACAAAAAGGCCCAAGAACAAUGGUCAACUAUUUCUGAAGCUUUAAAUGCUAUGCCAGGAGCAAAUAAAACUUGGGUGCAAUGGAAAAAGACUUGGGGAGAUUUAAAAAAAAAUGCCAAAAAGAAGAAUUCAGAGGUAAUCCAUUUUAUGAGGGGUACAGGUGGUGGACCACAGCAACAAAUAUCAACAACAGAGGAUGAAGAGGCAGUGAUGGAAUUACUUGAAACCACUGCUGUGGAAGGUGAUGAAAAUGUCAUGGAGUCAAGCGCUUAUGUAUGAGCCCUAGAUAAUUGUAAUAAUCUCUUGUUGGUUUCUAUUUUAUGUGU